GUUAGUGGGACUGCUAAGCAGCAAAGAAAGUGGCGAUUGGCCCAAAUCUUGCUCAUGGGCUGGUGGCAAAUCGGACAAAUCCUAUUGCUUUUAUUCUAAGUGCUCUCUGGGCACCUUUAGAAAAAGAAGCUUGUUGUUAUGUUUUAUUUUUAAUAAAGUCGGAGUUGGAACUAUAGGACUUGAAGGCAAGAAGACUUAUCAAGAAUCCAUUUACUCAGUUUCCCAAAGCUCUCUCUAAAUCAGACUCAACUGUACAUCAUGACAGAUGUUCCAAUGACAUUCAGCCAGGUUGAGUGUAAUGGGGAUACACCACCUGAAAACGGUAACCCACCGAUCCCUAAAACCAAUGACAAAGUCAGUGAUGUGGAUGGUACCCCACCUUACUACAGGGUGGAACCGAGUCUUGAAGAUUUGCCCACAGAAGAGAAUCAGGAGAAAAGUGAAAAAUUGCAAGGGAAGAUGCUGCUCCAUUGGCCCAAAGAUGAGAAGACUCUGAAAGAGAAACCAGAAGAGCAUCUGUUCAUUGUUCAUAAGGCCAUCACAGAUCUUUCUCUCCAAGAAACCAGUGUUGAUGAAAUGGCAUUCAGAGAAGGGCAUCAGUGGAAGAAGAUUCCUCUGAGCAGCAGUAACCAGGAAAUAAGUAGACAAAAGGAAAGAAUUGCUGAACAACAUCUAGAAAAACGAGAAGUUGGGGAUAGGAAGAGCAAAGCUUACCAGGCAACUGAAAUCGAAUGGCUGGGAUUUCGAAAGGCUGGCCAAGUUGAUGUGUUGCAUGACAAGGAGCAAGAGGUUUGGGAUGAAGAAACUAACAAUGAAGAUGAGGAUGAAGAUGAAGUUCGAGUGAUAGAAUUUAAGAAAAAAAACAUAGAAGGUUCUCACUUCAAAGAGGAAGGUGAGCCAAGUGAGGACUCCCCAUUGAGCAGCCCCAGCUCCCAGCCUGUGACCCCUGAUGAGCAGCCACCAUUUGGGAAGAAGAGUGAUAUUUCCAGAAAUGCUUAUUCACGAUACAACACAAUAUCCUAUCGGAAGAUCAGGAAGGGGAAUACCAAGCAAAGAAUUGAUGAAUUUGAGUCUAUGAUGAAUUUAUAAACUAACUGGAUCUGAGAAGUUCUCAACCCAACUAAAGCAAAAGCUAAUUCUGUUUUCCUAAGAUGCAUCUUCGCAUGCCUUAUGUCAGUUAUCCUCUUUAAAGAUGUGGAAGCUUCCUUUCUGUUUCACUGUAGAAUAAUGUGGAAAUAACCUUAGACACAACUCAGUCUGGUAACUUCAUAUCAAAAACCUUUACGUUUAUUGAAGGACAUUUGCUUUUUAAAACUUCACUAACAUAGCACAUGUGAUAAGUCCAGAACAGCUAGAACCCCUGGGGAAUCUGGCAUGGUUUGGCUUUAAAAGGAGCAGCGCUGGGAAAUACAGCCAUUCAGUGAAGAGACCGAUCUGAAAUGAUUCCUGUAUUUCUUUGGGGGUCUUUCUUCCUGUACCUUGAGACCCUGUACCUUGAGACUGAUAGAAAGUCUGUUGUUAACCCUUUCUUAACUUUUAAGCACUAUUUUAUAGACUCGGCCAGUAAACUUUUCAAAAGACUUCACCUUUCUUAUUACCUUCCAAAGAGAUUUUUAAGUGGUUUUCUUGGCAUCUGCAGAGUGAAAAUUUGGUACAGGCUUCUGCCUCAGUAUUAACCAUUCACUGAAUUUUCUCACUAGAGGAGCUGCGCAAUUGUGAGUCCGGAGAAUUCUAUUUACUGAAUGUUGCCUUUAUCCUCUCAAGAUGAAGUAAAUCCAUUGUGAGGUUGGUACAGGGAAGGGAUACACAAAUGGUGGGCAACAGACUAAAGAACUAUAUUGGUUAGCUUUACUUCUGUGACAAAAUAAAAUCUUCUCUAGCAAAGUGUAAGCCAUUAAAAAUGAAAAUGAGGGCCUUAGCACUUCUUAAAGAAAAUACCCCCUCUUAUUAUCACACUUUUCCUUAUUAAUUAUAUCUCAGAAUAAUUUUCUUUCCUUAGAAACCUGAGACAUUUCUAGUCAUAACUGUACUAGUUACUAUGAAAAUGAAAAUUAUUAUCUUAGAAUAUUCUCAAAGUAGAGUGUGAGCAUGCAUUUUUAGUGAGAAAGCUCUAUAGUUGUUGGGAAUAUAUGAUUCGCUGGACUUCAGCCCAAAUCAAGAUGCUUAAAUGGAGUUUCAUUAAACCAAUGUGUCAAAUAAUGUAUUGAAUAUUUAUGAAAAAGGAGAGUCUACAUUUAUAUAGAUUUCUUAGAUAGUUUCAUAAUUUUUUAUUUCAUGCUUCCAUAUAUAUUAUCUGGUAUUUUAUGUCGCCAUAAAAAUUCUUUUUGGCCCUGCAAAUAAAAAGACAAUUCCUUAUUGUCUGAA